UCAGGAUACACACAAGACCGAUUUAACUGCAAAUUUGAAAAUCGUACCAUGUCACCUGCUUCGCAAAUGACUGGAAUCCCGUGGUUGAAUGUUCUUCCAAAACCAUGUACAGGGCCACGUAAGCUACCAAUUUCUGAGAGCCUUCCAAACGAUCCAAAUUAAAUGUGUGAAGAAGCACAACUGUCACUCUUUCAAUGGUCCGCAUAAAAAAUCAAAUGAAAAGUCAUAGUUGUGAAAGCCCAGUGGACCCAAAUGUUUUACUGUUAUGGUACAAGCUCAAUCAGUUUCAGAUUUCAAAACCCAUUCCUGAGAGGACUCUGUUGAUGACUAUGGCCUGCUACAUAUCUCCGACGGACUUCCGAGGCAAUUUAAGUUUAUGUGAAGAAUGCCCACAACUAAGAAGGCUCAAGGCAUAAGGGACUUUGCUUGACAUCCUGUAUAUUCGACAACUAUGUACUCAUAAGUGAGUCAGGACAUAGCAAGAAGCCAUGCUUUGAGCUUGGAAUCAGAUUCUAAUAAGUUUUCCAUCAUAUGGUUGCUGUUAUCUCGUUUGAUCUGAGGUGAUAAUUCAGCUAAGCUUGGAGUUAUGGAACUUGCCUAACUGAUGAGAUGGGCACACUGCUAAACAAAAGAGAUCAGAUUUAUAAGUGAGACCAGCUAAAACCAGAAGGCAGGAUUUGGUUUCUGGAUCAGCUUAUCAUAAGAAGGCUUGCCUUGUUAUAGGUCCCCUCUCAUUUGUGCUCAGGACGGAUUUGGUGGGAAGGCUCUUACCCCAUCAAGGCAAACCUAUAUGGAAGACCAAACUUAAUCCCCUGAAUCAAGAACAAGAUUCAAGUCAGUUUUAUUUAAGCAAUUCAAAGAAUGGGAAGUUUUGAAGGAAGAAAUGAUCCGCCAUGGAGAUUUUGGGACUUUUUUGUUACUGCUGUGAUAUGCAUAGCUUGCAUUCCAUUCAUUCUGGGGAACAUUGUGUUACUCUGCAAUAGGCACUACAGACCCAUCAAGACCAAGAGUGUGCACUUAACUGUGCUGAGCUCCGUGGGAGGAUUGAUAUGUAUAGUGGCAACAAUUGUUGUGAAUAAUCCAGGGAGAAAACAGGAUUCUAUUUGGGCAUUUUGCACUCUCUGGACUUUUUGGCUCCAAGCCUGCUUUGGGUUCUCUUUAUGGCUCAACUGCUUGAAUGUGAGACUGAUUGUUCUGCACAGUAUCUUCAACUUGAAAAGGGGCGCCAAAUCCAUGAAAUCUAAUCUGAUAAAACUUGUAGGUCUGCUCUCACCGACUAUCAUCCUUUGCAUAUGUGCAUCCGUGAUGCAUUCAAUCAGAUUUAAGCCAGUUCAAGCACCAUCAGCUCCCCAAAAUGUCUUUCCCACUCCCCAAAACGAAGGAAAUUGCAGUUUUACUCAUAAAUAUUGGUCAAUUGCCAUGCAUUCAUUGCUAAUUCUCUACUAUCUGAUCUUUAUUGUACUUUCUUUCAUGCUGCGGGGGGCCAUGGCACAGUUCAAUGAAUUCAGGCUAAUAAGAAAUGGUGGUGUUAUGUUAUUGUUUCUUUAUCUUUUAUCUCUAGUCACAUUGCAAACUCAGGCCUACUUAGUAGUGGUUGGCCGAAGCUUUCUGUGUCUCUCAGUAGCUUCAGCUAUCUUUUAUUAUUUUUGGGCUCGGAAUGGAGAAGUUAUAUAUAAUGUGAUAUUUACCAAAGAGGAAUAUGCAAGGCAGUUCAAUGAUGAAAUGAAUCGCUGUCCAAAUGAACAUGACAGAGAAAAUUUUCCACUGUCUUUUCAGAAUUUGGAGUCUGAUUUAAAAAAGGCAAGAGAAACAAUAAUCCGUUAUGAUGAUAAAAUAAAAAAUCUUGAAGAAGAUAUCCGCACCAUUGAAGAAAAAAUUAGUGAUCUGCAAGAUCAGGUAAAUUCGAAGGACAAGACAUCAAUCAAAUUGUCUGAACAGUCAAAGUCUUUGCUUGCAAGAAUUCCAAGUGAUGUUUGAAACUUGAUAUCACCCCAGGAAUUGGAAUUGCUCGGAUAUUUAAAAAAAAUAUCACUGCUUUUAGUGUAAAUAGUUUUAGGAUAUCAAGUGCCAACUUUACCUAAAUGAAUGCAGAGGAAUAGAGUAUGUGGAGAGCCGAUACUACAACUUUUUCCAUUAUCAAAGAGAAAAAUUAGAAACAAAACAUUGCUUUAUUUCAUUGUAUUAAUAUAUCUAUAUUGGUAAUUGGAAUGAAUUCCUCUGAUGUGCUUCCGUAGGUGGUCACAUAAACCAAAUUGGUGCCUUGAUUGGCAGUGACUUAGAAAACAAUUUUUAAUUUACAUAUUCUAAUGUAUGUUCAUCUAUGUAAACCAUCCAAUUCCUAUC